AUGUACUAUUUUUGCUUGCAAUUGUAUAUAUAUAGGCUAGAAGGAAAGGUGGCACUGAUAACAGGAGGAGCCAGCGGCAUAGGCGAAUGUACAACCAGAACCUUUGUCAAUCAUGGGGCCAAAGUUGUCAUUGCCGAUGUCCAAGAUGAGCUAGCUCAUUCAGUCGUUGAAUCCAUAGGUUCGGAAAAUUGCACCUUUGUCCAUUGCGACGUUAGAGAUGAAGCCCAGAUAAAAAAUGCUGUGGAACAAGCAGUGGCCACAUACGGAAAACUAGACAUCAUGUUCAACAAUGCAGGCAUAGCUGACGAGAACAAGGCACGAAUUAUCGACAAUACAAAGGAUGAUUUUGAGCGUGUACUUGGUGUCAACGUCACUGGUGUGUUCCUUGGCAUAAAGCAUGCUUCGCAGCCCAUGAUUAGGGCUCGAACUGGCUGCAUAAUAUCGACAGCCAGUAUCAGCUCCUACAUUGGUGGUGCAGCAUCACACGCAUAUGCAUGUUCAAAGCACGCAAUCAACGGUCUAACCAAGAAUGCAGCCGUUGAGCUUGGCCAAUUUGGGAUUAGAGUGAAUUGUGUGUCACCGUAUGCGCUUGCGACGCCUCUAGCUACACAAUUUGUUGGCCUUGAUGAUGAGGGACUUGAAAAUGUAAUGAACUCCUUGGCUAAUUUGAAGGGUGUGACACUAAAGGCACAAGAUGUUGCAAAUGCUGCUCUUUAUCUGGCUAGUGAUGAGGCCAAGUACGUAAGUGGGCAUAAUCUUCUAAUAGAUGGGGGAUUUAGCAUAGUGAAUCCAUCAUUCAGUAACAUGUUUAAGUAUCCAGAGGAAGAAGAACAGUGAUGGGUGAGCACCAGUAGACUUAUAAACCUUUUCCUUAAUUAUUAGUUUUUUUUCCUUACAUGGUUGGUAUCAUCCCAGGAAUAAUGUUAAGCUAGCUGCAAACUCUUUUUCGCUGUCCAGAUUGUGUCAUUGGAUUGUACUGCGUUAUUUAAUU